AUGGCUUCAGGAAAAGACACUUGUCCUACCUUACCGAAACUCACCAAGAGCUGCUCUAAUGAGAGUUUGCAAAAGCCUACUAAGAAUAAGUAUGAAGAGAUUCAUUUGCCGCGGUUUUCAUUAAAGCAAGGGAUGAUCCCAAGACGUUAUGUUAUGCCUUGGAAAGAAAACAUGGAAUUCAGGAAUGUGAAUCUGAAGCUAGCAGAAGUAUGUGGAAUCUACACCGGCCCUUUAGAAGACUCUCUGUUUUGGUAUCACAGAGAAAGGCUUUGCCACGGGGAAGACCGGAAAGUCGUCCUGCGGAAAGGACCACCGGAAAUAAAGAUUGCGGACAUGCCUCUGCACUCCCCUCUCUCCAGAUACCAGAGCACUGUGAUUUCCCAUGGCUUCAGGAGGAGACUAAUCUGAUACAAGUAGAAUAAAUCAGUGUUUCAAUCUC